AACGGCACCACCAUUUCCAUUUCCCUACCUGCAACCUCCUCGUCGCGGAUCCGUGCAAGCCAGGGAUCUCUGGAGUCUGGAUAGGCGGCGUCGAUGGUGCCGUCGUCCGCGGUCAGUAAGGACUGCGGCGGAACGGGGGAGGACCAGCACCAGGGGAUGCGGGCGAUGGCGGCGAGGACGGCGACGGACUCGCUCAGGGCGGCCGUGGCAAGGUCCGGCGCGGCGGAGAAGGCGGCCAGGCUCGAGGAGUGCGCAAGGAGCCUCGAGGCCGAGAAGGCCAAGAUGGAGGUCUUCCGCCGCGAGCUCCCCAUCAGCGUCCACCUCAUCGCCGACGUGAUCGAGUGGCUGAAAGAUGAGGUGGCCCAGUACCGGAAGAGGCCGGCGCCGGACCAGCUGCUCGCCGCGGCACCGUCACCGUCGCCGUCGGCCAAGAGGAAGGCGGAGGGCGUCAAGACGGAGGCGGACGCCACCGACAAGAGGAGCUGGAUGAGCUCCGCGCAGCUCUGGACCUGCGGGAGCCACAGCACCGCAAGCACCAGCACCAGCAAUGGCGGCAGCGACAGGAAGCAGGCCCAAAAGGUGUCCAGUGCAUUCAUGCCACUGAAUGGCAUGCCAGUCUUCGCAAAAUCAUCGGAGGUACCAGAGGCGGCCACCAUGGCAGUCCCGGACCUGUCCCUGUCAUCACCUGCGAUCGAUGUGCCGGGCCCGGCCGCCCCGAGCGCCAACAGCAGCGCUGUCACGGACGCCGGUGAGCAGCAGCGGCAGCAGUCCCGCAAGGCCAGGAGGUGCUGGUCGCCGGAGCUGCACCGCCGAUUCGUCGCGGCGCUCCAGCGCCUCGGCGGCCCCCAUGUUGCCACUCCGAAGCAAAUCAGGGACAUGAUGAAGGUGGAUGGGCUCACGAAUGAUGAGGUCAAGAGCCAUCUGCAGAAAUACAGGCUACACACGCGGCGAAAAUCCAACGGCGAUCGGCAGCAGCGGUCCGCCGGCGUGUGGCCACCGCCGGAGCAGUACACCACGUCGCAGCACAGCACGUCGCAGCCGGGCUCGCCCCUGCAUCUGACAACCGGGUCCAGCCGCGACGUGUCGGCGACCGCUGGAGACAGCUGCGACGGCGGCGAGGAGGAGGACGGCAAGUCGGCGAGCUUCAGCUGGGAGAUGCAGCAGAACGGCACGAAGGCGGCGUCGUCGUCGUCGUCUUGAACACCGCAAUCGUUUGUAGAAUUGCAGAGCCAUGCUGCAGUGCUGCAUGUAGGACCAGACAACGUAACUGAGAAUUCAGGGUUGAGGCUUUUUUUCCUUGUGCACAGCGAAAGAGAGACCUGAGACUGAGAGCA